AUAGCACCACAUCCCACCCCCCAACCCCCGCUAAAACCAACGAUGAUAACCGAUGUAACUUACUUACUUACAUCCAGCUAGCCCCGUUCACCGGUCGGAGCAGAAUGAUUCUCCGGCAGCUGGCCCGCGCCGCCCAAACCUGUUUGUUAUAAACCCAGCCGCCCGUUCCCCUAUUAUCUGAUGAUCUGAUUACUCCAUUAUCUGAUUAUCUCGGCCACUUGAUUAUCUGAUCAGGCCGACUCGGUGCUGAACUGUCCAAAUGGCCUCUCGGAGGAGCCAAUGGAGCCGAAUGCUGGUUUUCACCACCUGUCUGCUGGCAGUUUCGGCUUUUAAUUAUGGAUUCAGCGAUCAGGCGUUUGCGUCGUGUCAGGCGAUGGAUUCGUUUGAGCGUCAGUUUGGGGUUUAUCAUCCUACUACGGGGAAAUAUAAGGUCAGGCCGAUGUUUACGUCGCUGUAUAACAGUUUGAAGGCCGCUACGCAGAUUAUUGGCGUUUUUAUUGGUGGGUAUAUUAGCAAUACGUAUGGGAGGAAAAUCUGCAUUUUUAGUAUGAAUCUUUAUGCCCUGGCGAGUGCGGCGGUGGUGGUGAGCUCGACCACGGAUGGGCAGAUUCUGGCAGGGAGGGCGUUGCAUUACAUCUACCUAGGCAUGCAAAUGGCCGUCAUCCCAACCACCCUCGCCGAACUCGCCCCCCGAAACGUCCGCGGCGCCAUGGGCGUUCUCUACUGGCUUAGCAUCAAAAUCGGCGGUCUAGUAGUCACCGGCAUCGCACGCGGAACAUCCAGCAUUUCCACCAACACGGCAUGGCGCAUCCCCUUCGGCCUGAUUCUCGUGAUCCCAUUCAUAUGUAUUUUCCUCGUAUGGAUUAUGCCCGAAUCACCACGAUGGCUUCUCCUCCGCGACCGACAAGAAGAUGCCUUCCAGGCGCUGAAACGCUACCGAUCCCAAAACACGCCCGAGAGUGAAAUCCAAGAGGAUUUCGAUGAAUUGGCGCAGAAGGUUGCGGCACAAAUGCAGAAGAAAAAGUUCAAGGAUUUGUUUACUCCGAAGAACAGAGAACGGACGUUUGUGGUUGUUGCUGCGAACUUCUUCCAGCAGGCGUCGGGGCAGGCGUUUGCGUCGCAGUAUGGGACGCUUUUUGUGAAGCAGCUGAAGUCGGUGAAUCCGUUUAGUGUUACGUUGGGUACUAAUGCGGUGGAUAUUGGGGCGUUGAUUAUUUCGACGGGGUUGAGUGAUCAGGUUGGGAGGAGGAUGCUUUUCCAUACGAGCGGAAUUCUGGAAACGGCUGCGCUAAUGACGAUGGGUGGUCUUGGGACUGCGGAUUCCAAGAACGUGGCUGCCAAAGAGGGUAUUGUGGCUAUGUUGCUGCUUUACAGCUUUGGGUGGUCGCUUGCCUGGGCGCCGCUGGUGUAUGUGCUGGGUGCGGAACUGCCGUCGGCGCCGUUGCGGGAAAUGACGCUUCAAAUUGCGUAUACGAUGAAAUUGGUCACUGAAUUCGCCGUCACUUUCUCCUACCCAUACCUCGAAACCGCCAACGACCCAGGUCACGUCGACAUUGGAGGUAAACUGGGAUUUAUUUACGGUUCGCUAUCCGCGGUUUCGGUGAUAUUUGGAUACUUCUUUAUCCCCGAGACGAGACGAAUGGAAUUGGAGGAUAUUGAUAAAAAGUAUGAUUCGUCGACGGAUAGUGAAAUGGUGGAGAAGGUGGAGUAUCAGCUUGAUUCUCAGAAGGAAAGUCAUCGAGGAGCGUCGAGACCUGUGGAUGCUUGAUGGGAAUGCCAACUGUGGUUGUGGGUUUACUGCAUCUUUUGGUAUAUAGAAGUCUUUUCAUGAUAAGUAUUGAUGCCGCGAAAACUGGUUGUAGAUAGCAUGAUGCCAUGAACAUAAAAAUUUGAU